UUUUUGGAUACCAGUAAACCUGACAUCCGCUGUCCACCCCUCGGAUAUCUGUUGGUUGGUCCCUAAGCGGAAGCGGUGGGUAAACAUGGCGGUGUGAGGGUACGUGUCUCUCGGAGACGGACCGACGUCUUUUCCUCCACGUGUCCCCUUGCAUUCCUCUGCCCUUGUCAUGAAGACUUGGCCGGAUCGGUCGGAUAGGGAUCCAUUCCUAGAUGUCUGCUAAGCUGUCUAUCCGUCCGAUGGACGAGGGAAAGGCGGCGUCUGACGUUCCAAGAGUAGCGGGAAAUGGCGGCGCGACUUCGUUCCAUACAGCCACCGGGGGAGAAGGGGACCACGGCCCGACUGGCCAGACAUCGCCGUCGGGGUUUUACGAGAUAGCUUGGUCUGUGCUGUCCCUGAUCCAGCAGGCCUGGAACUCCGAUGACUACCAGGUGCAGCUGUGCAUGGUGGCGCUGGGCUGGAUCCUCCUCAACAUCCUCCUCAUCCUGCUGGCCUGGAGGAGACACGGGUCCUCCAUCUCUGACAUGUUCAGACGACAAGGUACUUCAGCCAGCUGCAAAAAUAGACUUUCCCCAGUAUUAAACAAAAGACCAACAUGGCAAGACAAAAGUCACCUAAAUGGAACAAACUUCAACAGCAGUACAGGCCUGCCCAAUGGAAAUGGCCUACCAAAUGGGAGUCACCUGCCAAAUGGGAGACUGCACACAGUUUCAGAGAAGUCACACCAAUCCUGACCGCAAAACGACAGUUUGUUGUCUUGGCAACAGUGCCAUUUCUGUCGUCUCUGAAAACAGUGUAUCAUAUCUAAUUUUGUAAGAAAGAUGUCAGUCAAAAAGAAAGAGACUGAAAGAAAAAUAUAAGACUUAUCAAGAGCUAUAACAUCAUUCUGUGUUGAACAGCUGUGUCUGUACACUACUUGGAGAAGAGGAAGAAGAAGUACAAACCUGUUCCCGGACUUGUGACAUGCAGGGAUCAGAUAUUCAGAAGUCUGUGAGAUUUCGCUUCUGAAAAAAAAUAUAUGGCAAGCUUGCCAAAUGUAAUGCAAACAUUUAAGUGCAAAGUUCAGACGCAGUGUGGAAUAAAUGGUUCAUAGCCAUUUCGUCCAGGAGAGUAAACCAGCAAUAUCACACACAAGCAAUUCAUGAUGUGGAAGUAAUUUGCCAGUACUGGUGACAUUUUCAACUUCCUACCUGUGCUGAUAUUUAAUGCACACAUUCUUUGUGACAGUGUUCCCAUAUGUUGGACUUACAAUGUUUCUAUUGUGCGAGUCGUGUAUCAUUGUGAGAAGUGUGAAAGACACUUCUAAUUCACGACUCUUCACGACUGCAAGAGUGGAGCAAAAUUCUGUAUAGACCUUAAAUGUCGUUAUUGUUCCUUUAAAGCUUUAUACAGAACAAUCUUUCUGAGUAUUUCUGUACUCUUUUGAAGUCUUACUAAAGCUAUCUGCUGCUGUACUUAAGGUAAGGUAGGGUAUGAUAUAUUGAAGCUACUGUCAUAAAACCUGCACUAACAACAAUACAAUGUAUUACGUAUAUUGCAUUUAUUCCCCCCACUGUACUAUUUUUUUCCUGCUUACCUUAUGCUUUACUGUAAAAGUUUGGGCAGAGCAGUUUUAUGUAUUUAAAUGUUGUGUAUGCAUUGUAUCUUUCUUUAGUACUAUAUAUGUCAAUUUCCUUUUCUAGGCCUCAGGGAAAAAUAGUCUGAGACCAAGCAUGAAAGUCCAUACACAUUACAGAUGGUGUGCUUCAAGUAUGUGCUAUUCAAAGUUGUAACCUUAGUUGUAAAGCCAUUUUUUUUUUUAAAUUUCUUCCUGUGAAGUAUUAUGCAAGGAAUUGCAACAGUAACAACUUUUGGAACUAUUAAAAAAAAUGCAACACAUGGAGAUGUGUGAUACCACAGGAAGGGGAGGUUCAUAAUUAAGUGCACCAGCUGCUGUCAGUUAUUACAGACAAAUAGUUUUCUUUAUUUUCAGCACAUUGUUGAAUGUAAACCUCGGGGGUGUGGCCAUAGAAGAUGUAUUUCAUUGGAAGAUGUAGAUUUCCUACAUUGGGGUGUGGUGUCAGCUCUUAUACUGCUAUUUUUCUCUGCUGUGCCAUCAAAUCCUCAUUAUGUGUCACACACCCCUCAGGAACUACCUUGACCCAUCACAUAGGUGAUGUGUAAUACAAACCAGUCACUGAAACAGGUUGACUGUAUUUGGGGAUUGGGAGAGGGAAGGACCCAGCAAGGUAUGACAAGUGCAGACUGUAAAAAGGUGACAAUAAAUUAAUAAUAGGGCAGACCACAAUAGAUCUGUUCUUCAUUCCAAUGGUGCAAAACAGCAGAGCGAGUAUUAAGCAGACCAAAGGCCUGCACCUGUAUAUGUGUAGAACUCUGUUAAAAUAGUGUAUUGGUUAUAUAAGACAUACAAUGUUGGGGCCAAAUACCUAAUUUUAGGAAAUAAUGGGUGCAAUUCUGAAUUUGUCGAUGUUAAUAAGUGUACAUGUAUAUGUAAUCCAAUUAUUGAUACCAUAAUGUAUCCUUAUGUUUCAUUAAAGUUCUCUAUAACAUA